AUGGGUGCUGUAAUCGCUAAUGUGGAUGGUCAUCAACAAAUCAUGUACAGUCUACAGGCACAACCGCUGGUCUCUUCAAACACCACAUCAAGAACUCAAGUUCUUCUUUCCUUGGAUGAGGCUUCCGAGUGUAUUUCAUCUAUGUCAGAUCCGAACUGUAUUACUUCUGGUAACAGUAUUCAUGUUGGUGCUGCUCAGUUACUAGAUGAAGCAGCAAGCGAACUAAAUAUCCCAUCAUCUCCUGCUGUAUCUCAUCCAGUGAAUACUGAUAUACUCGAGACUAAAGAUUUCGCCCCACAUACAACAGAACUUGAGUGUAAACCAAUUUUAAACACCAGUAGUGUUAUUAUUACUGACAAUCUUGUAAAUCUGACUGAAAAUCAAGCUGUUGAAAUUCACACGAUAGAAUCAAAUAACAGGGAGAGCUUAGAGCUGGGAGUCGAUAACACUGAUUCACAUCCGACAGUGAUUACAGAUGACGAUGAUAGGACUGUGUAA